GACGCCACCCAGAGGCCUUUCUAUAUCCCUCCCGAGAUGGGGCUGUACGCGGAAAAAUACCGUGUUUUCCAGAUGAUGCAGGCUAUGCUUGAAGGCUUGAUGAUCCACAGACCAAAAGAGCCCUUAGACUUCUUGAUAAAAUGGUUAAAGCUAGACAACGAUGAUGUUCCAAAGAUCUGCAUACUGGGUCCACCUGCCUCUGGGAAGACAACUAUUGCAAUGUGGCUUUGUAAACAACUGAUGACCCCGCGGAUCUCUCCAGAGACUUUGUCAACCAAUCUAAAGUCACUUCUAUCAUCCAAAAUAAAGGAAUAUCAAGAGAUCCAGCAGGAAAUUCCUGCUCAGCUGUGGGUUGAUGUAAUUGAGGAACAGCUGCAAUCAGUGGAGUGUAUUGAAUGGGGCUGGGUUAUGGAAGGGAUCCCUGAAACCCGAGAACUUGCACGAGCCCUGCAGGAAAAGGGGAUUAUUCCCAGGCAUGUUGUGGUGCUUCAUGCUGCAGACACGGUGCUGAUCGAGAGGAAUCUUGGGAAAAGAGUGGAUGUCUUCACUGGAGAGGUGUACCAUACAACCUUCGAUUGGCCAAGUGACGAGACAGUGCAGCAGCAUUUGAAGGUGCCUAAAGGAAUAUCCGAAGAGGAGACUUCAAGGCGGCUCUUGGAAUACCACCGGAACUUCCCGGGUAUUCUCCAGUCUUUUGAGAAAUCGAUGAAACUGAUCAAUACUGACCAGCCAUGUGCAGAUGUCUUCUCCCAGGUUCUGACCCAUGUCCAAGCUCCACCUCGAACACCCGCCCCAUAUUCACCUCGGAUUCUCCUUUGUGGGCCUCCAGGCUGUGGGAAAAGCCUACAAGCAGCAUUACUCUCUCAGAAAUAUGGAAUGAUCAAUGUUUGCUGCGGGCAACUGCUAAAGGAAGCUGUAGCUGACGAGACGAAACUUGGAGAACUCAUUAAGCCCUACCUUGACAACGGAUGGCCAGUUGCAGACAACAUUGUCAUCAAGGUGCUGUUGGAUCGGCUGAACAUGCUGGACUGCCACAUCAGAGGCUGGGUGAUGCACGGUUUCCCCAGGGACGAGGACCAGGUGAAGCUGAUGAUGAAUGUGGGAAUUGUUCCAAACAGGGUGUUUUUCCUGAAUCUCACAACGGAGGCAAUUUUGGAGCGCCUGACUUACCGUGCACUUGACCCAGUUACUGGGGAAAGGUACCACACCCUGUAUAAGCCUGCACCUUCAAAGAAAGCCCACAAACGCCUCCUUACGAACCCAAAGGAUGUUGAAGAGAACGUGAGGACAAAGGUCGAAAUUUACUUCAGGCUUUCUGGUGGCAUGGAGGAGCUGUUUGAAAAUGCUCUUUCUGUCAAUGCUGACCAAGACCCGCAGACUGUCUUUGAGUACAUAGAGAGCUAUAUGGUCAAUCCACUGCCAUUGUCCCCGACCUGGAUGCCAAGAAAGCUGAGCACAUGCUAGCUUUGGCCCCAUGGUAGGGAGCUCUGAGUGAGUACUAACACUCAUACUGGUUGGAAGUAGUUCUUUGUUCCUUGUAGGCAGCAGGUUGUUUGAGCCUUUCGGUUUUUGAUUUUGGCUAAAAAUUAAGAGAAUACAGAAAUAUGAGCAGUCCAAUCCUCCACACUCUUGUAGCGCUCCCCAGAAGCAAGCAAGGGAACCUGAAAGUCCUCAAACUAGAAC